AUGUCCGACAACAACAACAACAAUAUUCUAGAGAGAUCGCUAGAUGACAUCAUCGGUGAGCAGAAAAGAGAGCGCAAAUUCACGCCCACGAGGAGGAGAGGAGCAUCUUCGUCCCUGCAUCGUCACAACAGCCACCAUCCAUAUCGAAGACAACCUCCACCGCCACAUCGGUUGAAUCCAGAUGUAUACAUUCCACGCACAGCCUCCGGGGCCAACGCAAGGAUCCCCGUCGAUGUGCUACAGAUGGCGCAGGGGCGUCCCACGUUGCGCCUCAAGAACAUCCACCCCGACUUGAAUGGCCAGGACUUGAACGACUUGUUCAGCUCCAUCAACGCGGUGGAUUUCAUCAAGUUCGACGAUGCCGACGAGACUGUUGCUUAUAUAUGUUUCCAGAACGAUUGCGAGCGCAGCAACCUGGCGGCGAUAGACAAGUACGACGGCAAAAAGGCCAUGGGCAAGAUUUUGAUUGUUGAAAAUGCCCAUGUUGUGAGUCUAGCUGAUCGAAUCACCGUGGCUCAACCAAGAGACAGGGAAGAGUUCAUCAGCGUUGCGCGAGGUGGCCAGGCACCAGCACCAGUUAGAGGCGGGUUGAGAGGGAAAGGAAGAGCCAGAUUUGGCGGGGCAAGGAGCGGUAAUGGUAGAGGUGGCAGAGGCAGAGGCGGGUCUCGAACUGGUCCAACUAGGAAAACAGCUGAGGACUUGGACAAGGAAUUGAAUGACUAUAUGGGUCAGUCUAACGAUGCUACAUCCAACGGAGAAGGAGAAAAUGGAGAUCACGGAGAUCAUGGAGAUAAUGGACACAUGGAACACACGCAGCCCGCUCAGGAUGAAAUGAGUUUGGACUAG